AACUGAACUAUCAGAAUCUCCAUAAUCGAUCGCAACGUCUCGAUAAGAUCAGUUGUAACGAUCAAACCGCGAACGUAUGGUCGACGAAGUGUUGAUUGCUUUAAAAGUUCAAAGAAUUUAGUCAAUAUUGUAUAAUGUAAUAAAGAUAAGCAUAAGAAUAUACAUUGAGGAGGAGCUGAUGCUGACCGAAAACAUUUUAUUACGAUUACAUACUUUAAACAACAGUAAAUAUCAUCAAGAACACAUAAAAUUCGACGACUAUUUGAGGAAUUACAUUCUUAUUGGCAAGAAAAAUGAUGUUGAUAGACAUAUGCAACAUUAGUGUCCAUUUCUUGUACUUUUUCCUCCGUCCUAUAUUUGCCCUCAUUUUCCUUAGGAAACGACCAAAAAUUCCACCAAUCAAAAAUCAAUUGCUACUUAAUAGUGCAACAACAUUAGCCAAAAAGAUUAAAUCCGGAGAACUUUCUAGCCAGACGAUAGUGGAAGCAUACAUUGAGCGAAUUAAAGAAGUGAAUCCAUUUAUAAACGCGGUAGUAGAUGAUCGAUUCGUAGAAGCAGUGAACGACGCGAAAAUAUGCGACGCAAAGCUGAAAUCAGGCGAAGUUACCGCCAUUAUGCUGGAAAAUGAAAAACCGCUUUUUGGAAUACCAUUUACCGUCAAGGAAUCCUGUUCCGUUGCAGGACUGAGUCUAACGGGAGGCUACCGUAAGAAAAAAGGAAUGAAGGCUCUUAAAGAUGGAGCAUUAGUACAAAUGCUUAAGAGAGCAGGUGCUAUACCUCUAUGCGUUACCAAUACCUCGGUGUUAUGUUUAACACUGCAUUCCGACAAUCCCAUUUAUGGUUUGUCAAGGAAUCCAUAUGAUACAAGGAGAACUGCAGGGGGAUCAUCGGGGGGAGAGGGUGCAUUGCUUGGUGCAGGGGCAUCCAUACUUGGAAUCGGUUCGGAUUUGAUGGGAUCUAUAAGAAUACCAAGUCUUUACAAUGGUGUUUUCGGCCAUAAACCUACUCCAGGAAUUAUUCCUAACAAGGGACACAUGCCGGACUACUCACAAAUCUCGAUGUUUGUGCAAGGUCCUCUGGCAAGAUAUGCAGAAGAUCUUAUUUUGGCUGUGAAAGUGAUGUCUGUCGAUUGCGACAUACCAUUACAUUUGGACAAGCCGUUGGACGUGAAAAAUCUUCGAAUAUUUUACGUAGAAAAUAUCGAAAGCUUUUGCGGCAUAAGGUCGACCACAUCGGAUGUACGACAAUCAAUUAGAAAAGCGUUACGUUACCUAUCAGGAAACGGUGCACGCGUCGAACACAUAUCCCAGGACUGGGUACGCAAUUCGGCCACAUUCUUAUGGUCCUCAUUCCAGGACAGGGAAUUGUUGAAAUCGCUUAGAGACAUUAACUACGAGGAACCAAGGAACGCGAUAUUCAACUACAUAAAAUCGAUGUUUGGUUGCGGAAGUGAAUCAUACCUGGUCAGUGUUUCUCAAAUGAUAAUAGCGCAUCGUGGAUUUCUUCCCCUUUCGAAAAAUGCCCAGUACAACGUAAUGAAGGAAAAGAUGCGUCAGAAUAUUAACAAUCAACUGGGCAGCGACGGUGUAUUCAUAUACCCCACAUUUCCUCAACCAGCACCUUACCACACAGCAAUGAAUUUUGUAACAGAUGCUAUAAAUUAUGCCACGUUUGUUAAUGUGAUGGAUAUGCCAUCAACACACGUUCCAAUGGGAUUGAAUAACAAGGGAUUGCCAAUUGGGUUUCAGGUAAUGGCUGGAAGGAAUCAAGAUCGUCUUUGCUUAGGAGUCGCUAGGGAGUUGGAAAAGGCCUUCGGUGGUUGGGUACGUCCUACCAGUUGAAUUUAUGUUUCAUCGAUAUACAAUGAAACGUAUUACUACUAUUGCACCACUGUUGAUUCCGAGUCCAAUACAACUGUGGAAACAACUUCAAAUACAUCAAACUUUAUAGUUCUUA